CUCUCUGUCACGUCUCAGAGACACUCCGCCAUUCCAACACCAUGAAGGUCAACUUUUCCAACCCCGCCACCGGCGCCCAGAAGCUCAUCGACUUUGAGGAUGACCGAAAGACCCGAGUCUUCCUUGAGAAGAGGAUGGGCCAGGAAGUCCCUAUCGACUCUCUCGGUGAGGAGUUUGCCGGCUACGUCGUCCGAAUCACCGGCGGUAACGACAAGCAGGGUUUCCCUAUGAAGCAGGGUGUCCUCCUCCAGCACCGAACCCGUCUCCUCCUCGCUGACGGCCACUCUUGCUACCGAGCCCGCCGAGACGGUGAGCGCAAGCGAAAGUCUGUCCGAGGUUGCAUCGUCGGCAACGACAUUGGUGUCCUCGCCGUCGCCAUCGUCAAGCAGGGUGCUCAGGAGCUCCCCGGUCUCACCGACGUCGUUCUUCCCAAGCGACUCGGUCCCAAGCGUGCCACCAAGAUCAGGAAGUUCUUCAACCUUUCCAAGGAGGACGACGUUACCAAGUUCGUUGUCCGAAGGGAGGUCACCAAGAAGAACGGCAAGACCACCACCAAGGCCCCCAAGAUCCAGCGCCUUGUCACCCCCAUGCGUCUCCAGAGGAAGCGUCACCUCCGAUCUCUCCAGAAGAGGAGGACCGAGUCCCAGAAGGAGACUGUUGCCGAGUACAAGACUGCUCUUGCCAAGCACGCCGAGGAGAAGAAGGUCCACAACGCCGCCGUCAAGGCUGCCAAGAAGGCCCGCAGGUCCGCCUAAAGCCUUUAAGGGAGUUUGGUGGUUGGGGCUGUUUCCUUUUUGCUUGUCGGUACUCUCAUGCCGAUGUAUUUCAUGAGAAUCCAACGAGCAGAUGGUGGAUGCAAAGACUAGAUUCAAACGAGAUUGGGAUUGUGUUGCAUCUGAGGAUUGUCAGUUGAAGGGUCAAAUGGUCUCAUGGCAUUGAAAAGUCUCGACAGGGGCUUCACUUUUGUGUAACCAACAGCUCAUGAUAUAUCCAGAAUGCGGGGUAUCAUACAUUACACACAUGGCGGUCACUUCUAUAUC